UUACACUUGGCACAAUGCAGUCAGGCAAGUACCGUUCUCCUGGCAACCGCCAAACCCAGACACGUCCAUCAGAUUGCUAAACAGAGAAGUGUGAUUGGUCUCUCUAGAGAACCUAUCUCCACUGUUCUAGAGUCCAGUGACGUCGGCUGAGUUGCUGUUGUUCCCAGUUGCUUCCACUUUGUUAUAAUACCACUAACAGUUGACCAUGGAAUACUUAGUAGAAAGGAAAUUUCACGUAUGGGCUUAUUGCACAAGUGGCAACCUAUCAUGGUACAACGCUUGAAUUCACUGAGCUCCUGAGAGCGACCCAUUCUUUCACAAAUGUUUGUAGAAGCAGUCUGCAUGCCUAG